AUGGAAAAAUAAUUAUGUCUCUAACAUAUGCAAAUUAUCUAAUCUGUUUGUCUUGAAAGAGAAUGUUAUAAAUAAUAUUAUUGUUGUUGUGAAUGUCUCUUAGAAACUCAUUAAAAUCAUUCACUCAUGAAUGCUAACGAUUUUUAAGAUCUUGAAAAAUCAAUUAAAGAUUCAUCCUAAUAACUUUUAUAAGAUAUUGAAUUCACUUAAUAAAUUGUUUUAGAGUAAUUUAAUUCCUAUAGAACCUUAAUCGAUAAUUAUAUAUCUAAGCAAAAUUAAAUUAAUAAAAAAGAAUUCACUAUUAUCUAAUAAUCUAUUAGUUAAAGACUUUUAAAGCUUAGACAUCUUAUAUUAAAAAAAGUACUUAAUGAAGUUCAAAUCAAACUAUUAUGGACUGAAGAGGAAAUUUAAGAAAUUUCAUAAUACUUAUAAGGUAUUAUGGUAUUAUUAUGAAUUGUUAGAUUUUGAAAAUAAGGAUUUCAUUCAAAAAUUAGCAGUUUGGUAAGAAAAAUUAAGAGAAGAACACAAUUCUAUACUUAGUAAUAUAUAAAUUGAUAUUGAAACAGAAUAAUGUGAAAUAGGAGCACUUGAAUAAUAAGAUUAAUCAAUUUAUUAUGGUUAGAAUUUAAAUGGGAUUCUACAUGGAAGAGGGAUUAUAAUAGGUUAAACAUUUAUUUAGGAUGGUCUAUUUAAAAAUGGAUAAUUUCUUUAUGGAUUAUGGUUGGUAGAAAAUUAAGCAAAAGAAAUAAUUUCAAAAGAAGGAGUUGUUGAUGAAUAGAUUUAAAGAUAAAUGAAAUCAAUCAUAGUACAAACUAAUUACUUAAAAACUAUUAAGGAUUAUGAUGAGUUAAAAACAUCAAAUAUUAAAAGAUUUUAAUGGGAUGAGUAAGAACAAGAAAAGAUUACUUAAAUAUUAUAAAAUGUUAUGAACCCUAAAAUUGUAAAUUAACAUCGUUAAUUAUUACUUUAUUUUGAAAUUCCAGAAGAAUAUCAUUAUCUAUAAUUCAUUAAAAAUGAAGAUACUAAAAAAAUUAAAGAGGAUUAAUUAUAUUUGGGAAGUUUUAUGGAAGAUAACUAAACUCUGCAUGGAAGAGGUAUAAUUGAUAAAUUAAUAAUAGGAAUAUUAUUUGAAGGAAAUCAUUCUAUUUAAGAUGGAAUUUGGGAAGAAGGUUAAUUCAUUUGGGGAAUUUGGGUUUCUAUGUUAAAUAAUCAAUUAUUUUAAUAUUAUGGUAUUAUAAGUGAGGAACAAUAAAAAUAAUAUGAAGAAUUUAGACUUAAAUAAUAAGAAUAAGAAAAGCAACAACAAAUUGAAAUGUAAACAAAUUAUUUAUGUAGGUAAAAAUUAAAUCAUUAAAAGAAGUUAAAAUUUUUUAGGAGAAUCUAUUAAUUUAUGGAUACUCUUAUUUCAGGUAGAAACUUCAGUCUAAUUUAGGUUAUGUUCAUAAUACAAAAUUAAAGGAAGUGUAUCAUAAAAAUAAGUUAGAUAAAGAAAUGGAUGUUCAUGAGAAAUAUUUAUAAUUUGAGAAUGAACCAGAUAUAAUAAGAAAUAAUCAUUAAUUAUAUAUAGGUUUUUAAAAUGCUGAAGGGAAUCCGAAUAGUAUAGGAUUCUAUUGUGAUUAGAUUUUGAUAGCUGGAGGAUAUUGGGAGAAUGGAAUAUUGAUAUGGGGAAGUUAUCAUAAAUACAAUGGUGAAGAAGAUCAAAUCAAUGUAUAAUAGGAUAUACCUAAAGAAAUAUAACAAAAAAUAAAGAUAAUUAAAUGAAUAGAUUAAUUUU